AGUCAGACUAGGCCCGAGACUGGAAGCGACGCGGAAAUGGGGGCGGCGGCCGCCGAGGCCGACCGCACUCUGUUCGUGGGCAACCUGGAGACGAAGGUGACGGAGGAGCUCCUCUUCGAGCUGUUCCACCAGGCUGGGCCAGUAAUAAAGGUGAAAAUCCCAAAAGAUAAAGAUGGCAAACUGAAACAGUUUGCAUUCGUGAAUUUCAAACACGAAGUGUCCGUUCCUUACGCCAUGAAUCUUCUCAAUGGAAUCAAACUUUUCGGGAGGCCUAUCAAAAUUCAGUUUAGAUCAGGAAGUAGUCACGCCUCUCAGGAUGCCAGUGUGUCAUAUCCCCAGCAUCAUGUUGGAAAUUUAAGCCCCACCUCCACAUCUCCUAACAGCUAUGAAAGGACUGUGGGUAACGUGACUCCAUCAGCGCAGAUGGUUCAGAGGUCCUUCUCUUCUCCAGAAGAUUAUCAGCGGCAAGCAGUAGUAGAUGAACAAUGUUUUCAGACAGAUGUCAUAUGUUGGGAAAUUUGGUUCUCCACAUGCAGAUCAGUCGGGAUUUUCGCCAUCAGGUCAAUCACACGCUCAUACCUUUAA